UUUGAAAACCAUCCACCGGAAAUGCCGCCUGUGUCGGUUUAGCUUGACACGCCGGUGAGGAAACAAAACCCGGGUGAUUUUCGCCGGUCGCGGUGUCUUCUCGUCGCACGGUGCCGAUCAGCUGUUGGUGCUCGACGUCGGUUCAUCGCCGGCUGUGAUUCAGCGGGUCUCUCGCCACGCGGGAUUUACUAAACCUUCUGCCCGGUUCCCCUGUCCAUCAUGGCGAGCCGAAAGCGAUCGUUUCCCCCCGACAGCAGCCUCAGCACUCCGGGGAAGAGAGCCCCGGGGCCCGGUGCGUCAGAGACGGACUACGCGCGAUGGGGAGCGGAAGAAACGUGUCUGUACCUGCGGGCAGAAGGUCUUGGAGAGUGGGAAGAGGCAUUCAGAGAGCAGAGAAUCACCGGGGUAGGGCUGCGCUGCCUGGCGGAUGCUGAUUUGGAGAAGAUGGGCUUGAAGCUCCUUGGGGACCGCCUGCGAGUUCUACACAGCCUCAGGAAGCUGUGGCAGAUGGAGGCAGGGCCGAGCAAGGUGUUCAACGAUCCCAUCCACGGCCACAUGGAGAUGCACCCUCUGCUCGUCAGAAUCAUCGACACGCCUCAGUUCCAGAGGCUCCGUCACAUCAAGCAGCUCGGGGGGGCCUACUUUGUUUUCCCCGGAGCGUCCCACAACCGCUUCGAGCACUCCCUAGGGGUGGGGCAUCUGGCUGGAGAACUGGUCCGAGCUCUGCAUCAGAGGCAGCCGGAGCUCCAAAUAACCCCCAGAGACAUCCUCUGCGUGCAGAUCGCCGGGCUCUGCCACGACCUCGGACACGGGCCUUUCUCCCACAUGUUUGAUGGAAAGUUCAUCCCCAAAGCACGUCCAGGUCACACCUGGAAGCAUGAGGAGGCCUCCGUGGACAUGUUUGACCACCUGGUAAAGGUCAACGAUCUGGAGCCGGUGAUGAGGGAGCACGGCCUGGUGCUGCCCGAGGACCUGGACUUCAUCAAGGAACAGAUUGCCGGGCCACUGGACCCAAAGGAGUCGAAGUGGCCCUAUAAAGGCCGUCCAGAGGACAAGUCCUUCCUCUAUGAGAUUGUGUCCAACAAAAGAAACGGCAUCGAUGUGGACAAGUGGGACUACUUUGCCAGGGACUGCUACCAUCUGGGCAUCAAGAACAACUUUGACUAUAGCCGCUGCCUGAUGUUCGCCAGAGUGUGUGAGGUAGACGGGCAGAAGCACAUCUGCACCAGAGACAAGGAAGUGGGAAAUCUGUAUGACAUGUUCCACACAAGGAACUGUCUCCACCGGAGAGCCUACCAGCACAAAGUGGCCAACAUUGUGGAGACUAUGAUCACUGAGGCCUUUUUGAAAGCAGACGGACACAUCCUGUUCGAAGGCUCUGAUGGAAAGAUGUUCUCUCUCUCUGAGGCCAUCGACGACAUGGAGGCCUACACCAAGGUGACAGAUAACGUCUUUGAACAAAUACUCAACUCGUCCUCCGCGGAGCUGAAGAACUCGAGGGAGAUUCUUAAAAACAUUGUGUGUCGACGCCUCUACAAAUGUCUCGGCCACACCCAGGCGGACCAACACGAGAACGUCCCCCAGGAGAGGAUUGCGAGCUGGGAAGCCGCUCUGGCUCGAUGCGUCUCUCAGGACGUGGUUCUGGAUUCAGAGGACUUCAUCAUCGAUGUCAUCAACUUGGACUAUGGGAUGAAGGAGAAGAACCCCAUUAACAGCGUGCGCUUUUACAGCAAGGACGACCCGAGCAAAGCCGUCCAGAUCCGCAAGAACCAGGUGUCUAAACUUCUCCCAGAGCAGUUUGCUGAGCAGCUGAUCCGGGUCUACUGCAAGAAGAAUGACAGCAAGAGUCUGGAGGCGGCAAAGAAGAACUUUGUUCAGUGGUGCAUGGACGAGAACUUCUCAAAGCCUCAGGACGGAGACAUAAUAGCCCCCGAGCUGACUCCUCUGAAGCCCAGCUGGCAGGACGACAACGACAAGGAAAAAAUAACAUUUGGUAAAGCCAGAAUUCAGCUCUUUAAAAGAUAAGAGAGCAGAGAACCCUCCGUCACACAAAUAUAAUAUGUUA